AUGGGCUACAAUAUCAGCUGCAUUCAAAAUCUCACAAGAUACAUCAAGAAUAGAGUAACAGAACAUCAGGAAGAACCAGCAAGAUAUGUGUUCAGGAAUGAAUUCUUCGUGGAUUUGGUUCUUUCCAUCUGCAAGAGAGCAGAGAAAAUGAUCCUAGACCAAUACCGAAUGUUCAGAGAAGACAAUGAUCCUAUUCUCUAUUUGGAGAAAAAGCGAAAUGAAUACUAUAGUAUUUUCCAGAAAUGCUGUCAUGGAUCCACAUCAGCUGUUAUAUUUGGUGAGAUCAUCUGUCAGAAACUGAAAGAGCCCAUUGAACAGAGCGUCUACAAGAAGACUGCCAGAGAUCUGACGGAUGAAAUGAGAUCAAACUGUUCAUCACUGAAUGGAAACAGGUCAAAUAUGGAGAAACACAUCUUGAAGACACUGGCAGAAGAGAAGGAUUUUGACAAAUACAUAAGCUACAUUCAUAAUCCCAGAGAUCACAUCAAGAGUUUCAUCAGAGGUGAAGUCAGUCGGUACAACACUGAUAAGUUCAGUGUCAGUGUUUUACCCAAGAUGAAGGGGAACAUUAAACUCCUGCAGCAGAUGAUCAUGAGAGCAGCUCGUGAAUCUACUGAACAUGUUCAAGAGAACAGAGGAGAUGCUGGUUUGUGGUUGAAGAGAUUCACACAGCAGCUCUCAGAUGAGCUGAUCUUCUCUGAAAAAGACCUCAGUGGAGUCAAACAUGAUGAUGUUGAGGAUUUCAACCUCUUAGAAGAAAUGAUAAGAGAAGAACUUACAGCUGUAAUGUCUAACAUCAGCCGCAGAUUCAACACAACGACUUUUCCUGUACAUCUGGACUAUAAAUUCAGACCAGAUGAGCUUCUGAUCGAUCAAUUCUGUCAGUGCUGUUGGGUUCAGUGUCCAUUCUGUAAAGCUACCUGCACCAACACCAUAGAAAACCAUGAUGGAGAUCACAGUGUUCCUUUCCACAGAGUUACUGGACUGAAUGGAUGUAUUUACCACAAAACAACAAACUUGGCUAUUAGCGUCUGCACAUCAGCAGUAGCAAGCAAUCUAUCUUUUUAUCCCACUGACUCAAAUGAUGCAGUCCUUUGGAGAGAAUACAGAACAGCAGGAGAAAAAUUUGCUACCUGGAGCAUCACCCCCGAUCUCUCUGAACUGCCCUACUGGAAGUGGUUUGUGUGCAGAUUCCAGAAAGAUCUGGAAAAAUACUACAGUAAUACAUUUGAGGGGAUGGGUAAGAUUCCAGAAGAAUGGAAUAACUACACAGAACAGGAUGCAUUUGACAGUUUGGAUAAAUACAUUUAA